AUGUCUGCGAGGACACAGCGGGGAAACUCCAUUCACGGAGCACACGCAACAGCUGGCGCAAACCAAUUCGUAGGUAACAACUUCUCAGCUAGCGGCAACAAUAUCAUCAACCUCUCCAAUACCGAAGACACCGAGGCCACUGCGAAAAAGAAUUGCCUGCGCGCGCUCUUUGUCUCGAGCCCGGCCGACGAUCGAGCCAAGCAUCUCAGCUUCAAGGGCCAGGUCAUCUCAGCGACAUGCCAGUGGCUCACUGAGACCGAGGGGUACCGGUGCUGGCUGGAUGUCCAAUCGAGGGUGAAUCUCCUCUGGUUAUGCGGCGGACCAGGUGUCGGCAAGACCAUGCUGUCCAUCUACAUCACCCAAGAGCUGGAGAAGUAUCGAGCCGAGAGCCUGGUGCUGUACUAUUUCUGUGAAGGUCGCGAUCCCAAGCGGAAUUCGCCCAUUCAAAUACUGCGCGGCCUGAUUUACUCGCUCGUUCAGCAGCGGCCGGCAUUGAUUGAACAUUUGCUGCCGGAUUACGAGGUCCAAGGCGAUGCUCUAUUCGCACCAGAAGCAAUCGAAUCGCUUUGGAGGAUUCUCAUGAAGAUGAUUGGCGAUCGUCGGGUUGAUCAUGUCUACUGUCUCGUUGAUGGAAUCGAUGAAUGCGCAGCAACUUCGAUGAGCCAGCUGGAGCAUCUGCUGGCCAAGUUCCAAGCUUUGUCCGUGGCCGAGAGUGCUACUUUAAAUCAGUCUGCAAGAGAAGGUAUAAAGACGCCAGAAUCAAAAUUUAAACUCGCCUUGAUUUGUCGCGAGCAGCCUGAGGUCAUUCCACAGAGAUUGUCGCGAUACAUCCGUAUUCGAAUCGGCAAGCCAGUUGAUUGUAAUCCACGACGCAGCGACAACGAGCAAUUCGAGGAAGUCAAUUCCCAAGACGUGGCGACAGCAGAGAUACCAGCUGUUGCCGCAGCUUCAGACCUACCGCCGCAAAAAGAGACCAACAGCGGUCAACAACUCAUUUUAAAGCCACCUACUACUACUAAUGAUCUUUCUCAACCACUGCAUAUCUACAUUGAGGAGAAGGUACGAGCUCUCUCGGCUUUUAGGGGUCAUGACAGAGACGUACAAGCAUUUCUCGAAGAAAGCUUAAAGAAGCGCGGCGACGGCACGUUCAUUUGGGUCGACAUGGCUGUCGAACAGCUGCGCAAAUCUGCCUUACAUGAAAAAACUGAGAACACGUUUAGGAACCUACCAAAUGGUCUAAAGGGUAUGUACUGUCUCACGCUGCUUCAGAUUUGUCCAGAGCAAAGUCAACUUGUCUCAAUGGUACUGGGAUGGAUUACUGUCGCAAUGCGACAAAUGACCGUCAAAGAGUUGACGGAACUCAUUUGCAUGACUGUCAAUCAGCCCGAAGGAAAGACCAAAGAUGAAGUCGGUGCAGAGAUCAAACGAGCAAUCGAGGCAUGCGGCAAUCUCGUGAGCAUAAGCGCAGGCGAUGAAGUGAAACUGGGUCAUCAAACCGCGAAAGAUUUUCUGACGAGCCCUUCGUCGCCAAUUUUGACAAAUGCCCCUCUCCAUCAAUUUUUUGUCCAAGAAACGGACAAAAAUGCUGAACUGGCCCAGUUGAGCUUCCGGUAUCUUGAAAGAUCGGUUCUUUCAAAGGAUUGGAUUAAGAUGGAGUAUAAAUUGGACGAAGAUCCGGAAAGGAAGGAACUCACAAUCAAAGGCAUAGACCAAGAGCCUUUCCUCUCCUAUGCCACCUUGUAUUGGACAGAUCACGUCAAACAAGCUGGCAGAGGAAAAGUCAACUUCAACGUGCCAUUCUUCGAGAACAAGGAUCGCACUGUUCGCAGGAACUGGUGGCGCUGCGUGUGGGGGAUGCUGAACAACCGUGACGGCAUCCAGGCUCCUUCUAAAAUGUCGAUAUUGCACGUUGCGGCUUGGUUUGAUAUUAUUGAGCUCGCAGAAUACAUAUCGGCUAAGCCAGACUUUGAGAAUCGGAUUGACAAGUAUAACGCCGGACUCGUGACGCCUUUGGAGAUCGCUGCCGAGCGAGGUAGUGCUAAAGUGUUUGAAUUCCUGCUCGAUUGCGGUGCCAAUACAGUAUUUGUUUACAAUAAUGCCCUCGAAAUUGCAAUAAGACAGGGACAAACAGCAAUCGUGCAAAUCUUGCUUGAUCGUGACUUUCACUUCGAUGUCUUUGAGGCCUCAAUCAGACCGAAGAACGCGGCUGAGCUUGCCUUACUGCCUGUCGUGGCUGCUUGUAGUGCAGUUCUCCUAUUUACGCCACGGAAGGUCAGGAAGAAACUGUUUGCACCAUCAAACAAAAAAGCUUCAGAUUACUCAUUGUCUGAGUUCCAAGCCGAGCAAGGUGAUAGAGACGCAGAACUUUCGCCACUAUACACUGCAUUAUGUUGUGGCCAUGAAGCAGUCGCCAAAGCCUUGCUUGUUAAGGGUGCCAGUGUGGAAGAGACCACAAGGAGAGGUUGGACGGCGGUGCAUUUUAGUGCGUGGUCCGGCGACGAAAGAUUGCUUGCGCUCGUGCACAGCUAUGGAGCGGACCUGGAUGCAAAGACCAAGGAUGGUCGCGUCGCUAUGCAUAUUGCCGCAUGGCGAGGUCGGAUCGAUUCCAUCGAGUACCUGCUGAAGCAAGGGAAACCGGUCGAUGUAGCUACGUCUCAGCUCGAAACGCCACUGCAUCUGGCGGCAGGCCAGGAUCACACUGAACUUGUUCGGACGCUGCUAUCGUCGUGGGGUGCGAAUAUUGAGGCUUGCACAUCUAUAGGGUUCACGCCUUUGCAUACGGCAGCCAAAGCAGGAAAGGUGGACACAGUGAAAGUCUUGCUCGAACACGGUGCGAACCGAGAGGCUCUGACGGCCUCGCGCCAAACGCCUCUGAAAGUAGCCCAGCAAGCCGGGCAUAACCAAGUCGUCGUGAUUCUUCGCAACUAUCGGCCCUACUCUGCUCCAGGCGUCUCGACUCCAGCUUCGCCUCCUCCAUCCGCAUAUAAGUCGACUUCGCCCCAGUCCACGUCAGCAGUUUCAUCAGUUCAAUCUUUACAUCAACCGACACCUCAGUCUGGCGCUGGAGUCCCUAUUCCAAACUCGUCCUCUCAAUCCCUACAUCAAUUAAGUCCAUCUCAGUCUGUCCCAAGAAUCUACACUCCAGCUCCUUCUCGACCAAUAGAUGAACCGAUCACAACUCAAUCUGCACCAAACAUCGCAACUCCAACCUUGUCUCCUCAACCUUUAUACCAACCGACACCUCAAUCUGCACCAGCAGCCUUAUCUCCAUCCCCGUACCAUCCUCCUAUGCAGAACUAUUAUAACGAGAGGAUUCCUCAUGAACGACCACCAUCGCAAGUAUGUCAAUGUGCAUCUCCUGACCAAACUCCGCAGGGACACUUUCCCAGUCCAAUACCGCCGGCCUCAGUCUUCAACUUCGCACAAGUCCAACCGAGUUCUGGACAACAUGCGCAUCAACAGGGGUCAUCGCUGCAUGGAAAUCUACAGACAUUAUCACUCCGUGAUCGUCCGCCAUCAUCUCGUCAUACCUACUCGAGUCCAGAACAAUACACUCACAGCCAGAACUCAUCUUCAUACACCUAUCCCCAGCCCGCAUCUUUCAGUAUCCCGCUCCCUCCUCCACGACCGCCAGCUACGUACAACCACUCAAGUCCGGAGCAACAUUAUACUUACAGACAAUGCCCUUUGCAGCAUAGCUGUCCACAGCCCUUUCAUCCUCCACCGUCACCUCAUUAUACCUCUAUGAAUCCAGAGCAGUAUUCUCAUGGGCAAGAGUCAUCGCCGCAUGGCCACCUGCAACCAAAACCACUCGGCAGUCCUCCACCGUUACCUCCGCGAUCGGUCUCGGCGACGCCUUCUGAAGCGCGCCAUCCACCGCCGCCGCCGCCGCUCCCGCAGAGAUCUUAUAUUGCUCUUCCGGAGCCGUCUCAGUACAUUUAG